AUGCCGCGCGCGGCCGCCGCGCUCGCGUCGUCGUUCGCGUUCGAAGACACCCCCGAGGCGAGGCUGCGAGCGGCGCUCCUCCGAGCGAAGACCGCGGAGGCGGAGGUCGCGGCGCUGCGAGACGAGAACGAGUCGCUGAGGCACGAGCUCGCCGUGAUGAUGGCCACGACGACGACCACGGCUCAGACGCGAUGUCAGCCGUGCGCGCGCCGCGCGGCGAACGCCGCGCCCGUCGCGUCGCCGUCGCCGCCGCCGUCGCGACCGAGCGCGGCGGAGAUGUUCGAGCACGUCGCGCUCGAGGCGACCGCGGAGAAGGAAGCCGCCGCGGCGUCGUUGCUGUUCUCGUCAACAUCGCGAGCGACGCGUCUCUUCGACGCGGAGUCGGAGGAGGAGGAGGAGGACGACGACGACGCGACGGACGCGGUGCUCGUCGUGACGUCGCCCUCGCGCGAGAUCUUCGCGACGCCGGUGAAGACGCGCGCGGCGAGCGCGACGACGCGGACGAAGGCGCCGGCGCCGGACGCCGCGACGACGAGCGCGAGCGCGGCGCGCGCGCGCGCGAAGGUGGACGCAACCGUGGAGGCGGCGGCGACGCGCGCGUACCGAGCGGCGAUGCGAACGCGCGCGAACCGAGCGUUACUCGGCGCGGGGGAGACGCCGCGGGAGCGCUAUUCGCCGCCGACGCCGACGCCGCGCGGACGAGGACGACGGCGCGGCGCGGAGAAGGAGAACGCGGAGGGCGACGGCGGCGGCGGGGGAGGGGGCGGUUCGGUGAAGAAAGCGGCGGCGGCGGCGUGGGCGCGACGGCGACGCGGCGAGGGGGGACGGGAAGACCAGAGCUCGACCGUCGCGCCGCCGGGGAGAGGGAGGAGCAUCGCGGAAAGGGCCGCGAGGGCGGCGCUCGCGGCGAUGGCGAGCCCGAGACCGGCGACGGCGCGGCCGAAGACCCCGCCGCGGACGCCGUGA